GUCACCACGACCACAGUCGACGCUGUUCGCGGUCCGGUUCCUGAGGCGCGAAGAGGUUUCUUUGCGUGCCCGCUCUUGCCGACACCCACAGCGCAGAUGGAGCUCUUUGCUUCUCCUCUGAACUGCGCCCAGUAGCGCCCAGUCGACAGACAGUCAACCUUCGGCCAGCCGGUGGUCGGGGCCGUCGCCUCGAUCGCUUCCCGGCACAUUGCGCGACGGGCGGCUGCUGUCCGAGACAUCCGAGGCAUCAUGGCUUGGAUCGCUUUGCUGCUGCUAUGCUCUCUGCAGCCAUGGCUGGCGGCGACGAUGCGAGCCGAUUACCUGGCGCAGCUCCGCCAGGAAACGGUAGACACGUUUUACCACGGCUUCAGCAACUACAUGAAGCACGCCUUUCCAGAGGACGAGCUGCGGCCGCUCACCUGCUCCUCGUUGACGAGAGACCGCGACAACCCCGGGCGCAUUGAGCUCAACGAUGCUCUCGGAAAUUACUCCUUGACCCUUAUCGACAGUCUCUCGACGCUUGCGAUUCUUGCUGGAGGGCCGCAGGAUGGGGGUUACACCGGACCGCAGGCCCUGAGCGAUUUCCAAGAUGGCGUGGCUGAGUUCGUGCGAUACUACGGCGAUGGAAGGACGGGCCCGUCCGGCACCGGCGUUCGAGCGAGGGGCUUCGAUCUGGACAGCAAGGUUCAGGUAUUCGAGACGGUCAUCCGCGGGGUCGGCGGGCUUCUCAGCGCGCACUUGUUUGCGAUCGGGGAACUGCCCAUCCCAGGCUACGAAGCGACGCCCCUAGACGGGUUCCCGACCAACGACCCGCUAGAGCUGCCGCCGAUACCGUGGCCGAACCGCUUCAGAUACGAUGGCCAGCUCCUGAGACUGGCGCUUGAUCUGUCUGAGAGGCUUCUGCCCGCAUUCUAUACUGUCACGGGCAUACCGUACCCGCGUGUGAACCUGCGCUCGGGUAUCCCGUUUUACACCAACUCGCCGUUGAACCAGGCUUCCGCCAAUACGGCGGAAUCGGAGGGCCGGCCGGAGAUCACAGAAACCUGCAGCGCCGGCGCCGGCAGCCUGACGCUCGAGUUCACGGUGCUGAGUCGCCUGACCGGAGACCCGCGCUUCGAGCAGGCGGCCAAGAGAGCCUUCUGGGAGGUUUGGCGCAGGAGGAGCGAGAUUGGCCUCAUCGGCAAUGGCAUCGACGCGGAGCGCGGACUGUGGAUAGGGCCUCAUUCAGGUAUCGGGGCGGGCAUGGACAGCUUCUUCGAGUACGCGCUCAAGAGCCACAUCCUGCUCUCUGGCCACGGCAUGCCCAACGCGUCGACGUCUCGUCGCCACAGCACCACUGACUGGCUCGACCCUGCGUCCCUCCACGGGCCGCUCCCACCUCAGAUGCAUUCCGCCGACGCGUUUCUUGAGGCCUGGCACCAGGCGCAUGCGUCCGUGAAGCGCCACAUCUACACCGACCGCAGCCAGUAUCCCUACUACUCCAACAGCCACCGCGCGACAGGCCAGCCGUACACGAUGUGGAUCGACAGCCUGGGCGCAUUCUACCCUGGUCUCCUCGCUCUCGCCGGCGAGGUCGAAGAGGCCAUCGAGGCCAACCUCGUCUAUACGGCGCUGUGGACUCGCUACUCGGCGCUUCCGGAGCGCUGGUCCAUCCGCGAGAACAACGUCGAGGCCGGCAUCGGAUGGUGGCCCGGACGCCCCGAGUUCAUCGAGUCCACGUACCACUUAUACCGGGCGACGCAGGACCCGUGGUACUUGCACGUCGGCGAGAUGGUCCUCAAGGAUAUUCGUCAGCGAUGCUACGCGCCUUGCGGAUGGGCCGGCCUGCAGGACGUGCGGACGGGCGAGCAGCAAGACCGCAUGGAGAGCUUCUUUCUCGGCGAGACGACAAAGUAUAUGUAUUUGCUGUUUGACCCGAGUCACCCGCUGAACAGCCUCGACGCCGCGUAUGUCUUCACAACGGAAGGGCACCCGCUCAUCAUACCCAAGGAGAAGAAGACGCGGCCGCAAAAGACAUCACACGGAAGCCGGAAGGACGUCUCCGCGUAUAGGUAUUACGAUGAAAAGUUCACAAACUCGUGCCCCGCGCCGGCAAAGCCAGACUCGCUGUCCGGGUCCAUGACGGCCGCGCGGCCGCAUCUGUUCGAUGUCUCCCGCUUCACGGACCUUUACAACACGCCCAACCUCCACGGUCCCCUCGAGACGGUCCAGAUAGAGGACAAGGGCAAGGGUCGCAUCAUCCAGCGCAGAGCCCUGUCCAACCACACUCUCUUCCCCUGGACCCUGCCGCCCAGCUUGCUGCCACAGAACGGGACGUGCGCCGCCCCAGUCCCGCGCGUCAUCUCGGCCAUCGAGUUCCCAGCCAGCGACGCCGCGAGCUCGCUCAUGUCGAAGUUCGGCGCCUCGCUCAUGUGGUACAGCUACGCGGGCCCGACGGCCAAGAACCUCGAGGGCCUGCGGCUCCAGCUCGAGAGGGAGCCAGGCGACGAGCUCGGCGACUACGUCUGGAGAAUCACGCACGUUGGGAGCACGCAACUGGGGCGCCACGAGACGGUCUUCUUCCAUGCCGAGCACGUGAGCCACCUCAAGGACGAGGCCUUUACAUGCAGGCGUCUCCGCGACUCGGUGGAGAUUGAGCUCCUGGUCGAUGUGCCGCCGCGGCAGAACGCCACCAUGCCCGUUGUCGCAGACAGCCCCGUGCCGCCUAUGCAGUCGGCUGCGGACGACGGCCGCGGCCGCCGCGGUGGCGACAUGGUGCACGACGACCUCGCGCCGAUCCCCUCCGAGUCCCUCCUCAAACACCUCCUCCGCGCCGUGUCGUCCGUCUUCGAGCCCUCCCAUACGGACGUGCCCUCGGCCGACGACGACCCGUCCUCCGAGGCCACCAUCCUCUCCUUCUUCGGCCACACGGCCGUCGGCGCUGGCGCGCACCCCGUCCCCGCCCUCGCCGCCGACACCCCGAUCCCCGGCUCUCCCGGAUACGACGCCGGUGACCCAGCCUCAGGCUUCCCCUGGACGAGCAUCUACCUGGCGGGCCUGGCCUGCGACGGGCCCCUCCCCGACGCCGCGCCCCGCGAGCACCAGCUCAUCGUCAUGCGCCGCGGCGGCUGCUCCUUCAGUCGCAAGCUCGACAACAUACCCAGCUUCUCCCCCGCCCGCGCCGCCCUCCAGCUCGUCGUCGUCGUCGACGACGACGAGGGCUCCCGCCUCGACGCCGGCGUAGAUAGGCCCCUCCUUACCUCGGAGCAGCGCACCCCAAAGGGCAUGAAGCGCGUCCACGGCGUGCCCCUCGUGCUCGUCGGCGGCGAGCGCGGCGACUACGAGCGCUUCGGCGAGGCCGUCGCGGCAGGCAUGCGCAGGCGGUACCGCAUCGAGAGCCAGGGUCUGCCCAUUGCCAAUGCCGCCGUGAUAUAGCGAGAGAGAAGGG